AUGGGUAUAAAUGGGUUUGACAGCCAACGGUCAAAUAUUUCGAGUCAAAACCCACCAACACCGAUCAAGUUCACAGCAAGAACAAUCUUGUUAUUUCUUAAAUCAACCAUUCCUUGUUCAAAUCAAAUCGAACCUUUUACUCCAAACCAACCACCUCGUCCGCUUUGGCUAAGAACAACACCUGAACCACCACCCGUUUAUUUAACGAUGAGUAAAUUUAAAAAAGAAGUUUUAGGAUCAUUAGCAAGAGAAAAAUCAAUAGGAAUCGUCACAGUCUUUAAGAUCAAGAAAGCUUUAGAAGUUGUAGAUUUACAAGGAGGGUUAAGGAAAAGAAUUGAAGAUGCGAUUUCAAAUGAACCGGUUGAUGCUCAUGUUUGUGUGACUGGUAAAUGGUGGCGUGAGUUUAUGGGGAAAGUUGCCAAAGAUUCAAUGGCUCAAGCUCAGGCUAGAUCGGCAGCAAAACCAACUAAGAAGUCAUCAUCUAAAAGACAAUAUCAGAGGAGAUGA